AUGCAAUGUUUACAAUAUAUUGUGCUGGACGUCUCUAUACAAUGGGAAAAGAAGACUACUCUUCCACCCACGAGUGAGAAAGAGGCGAGAGAAAAAACUCAAGUAAGUGAAGGAGGGCAGACAUUUCCUAUUUUUCGUUUUUCCACAUAUUUUUCGGUGUUGCCUGAUGCGUCACUAUGGGCAUCCACGAGACAAAUAGAAAUUCUUUGCGACAGUAGCGCCUCACAAACGGAACUUGAAGUGCAGCCAGUGCGCAUUCCACGACAAGAGAUGGCGCCGUGUGCAUCACAGCGCUCGCGCCAGGCGCCGCGUGAGGAAGGGAGGAGGAAGACUCCUUCGAAGUGGGGUGACGGAUCUGGAGAGGAGAAUGGCGGCCGAUGUUGGCGCAGCAUUGUGAAACACCUUCCACGCUCACGCAAACACGCGACAGGAGAGAUUUGUUUAAGAUUAAACACCAAGAUUGAUCCACAUCCAGAGAUGGCGUGGACCGACUGUAUGAGUGAUCUACCGAUCAAUGAUUGGUCUUGCAAUCGCCAAACCCAUGCAGUGACAGUGGAUGACCAGGUCUUCAUGUUUGGCUACAACAAAACGUGUGAAGAGGACGUCAUUCAGGUCGUCAUCUUCCAUCCAAAAUCCCACACCUGCAGUGUCAUCAAUCCCUCGUGCCGGAAAGAGGGAAGCAAGGAGGCUGUUUGGGCCCCGAAAGGCCAGGUGGUGCAUUUCGCCAAGGCGCACAAGGGGAAGGUGUACGUGUGCGUUGGAGAAUUUAAAACCCUGAAGGGAGGCCAAAUUCACGCCUUCGACACGCGGACUUUGCAGUGGAGCUGUGCGACCACGACUGGCGACGUGCCUUCAGGCUACGGGUACAUGUGGACGGGGCUGUGUACGUGUGAGGAUGAUGGAUUCGUGUACAUGUAUGCUGAAAAUUUCAUUUCCAGCGAUGCAACUUAUCUCUGGGCAUUGGAUUUGAGGAACUUGCAUUGGAAGAUUGUGGCCACUCGGAAGCCCGACAAAGACCUCACCCCACGAUGCAUUUACCUGUAUAAGAACCGACUUUAUGUGCUGUUCGAAUGCCUAAAUUAUUACUACAAGACCCAUGAUUACGCCAUAAUGCACUUUGAUUUGGCCACCGAAACAUGGGAGAGGCUGCAACUUCCUGCUACUACAGUAUUUGCGAAGAGGCUGUGGAUGACAUUUAUUUACCGUGAUGACUUAUAUUUUGUUCUUAACGACGAACGGGUUGACGAUAUUGACCUCCGAGAGAAAUUUGGUAAUAUAACACUGAAUGAGGUCGCGUUGAGGUAUUCCUUUGCCCAGAAUAACUGGAAACAAGUGUGGUUCAAAGGAUUAACACCCCCUGACUACUUGGAUAUGAUAUGUCUUGUUGAAAAUACAGCAGUGUUCUUUUCUUUGAAAAACAAGAAAGCAUACGUGCUAGAUCUUCUCCCUAGUUUGCGCAGUAUAUGUUUGCAUGCAGUUAGAAAAUAUCAGCUUGACGCUACCAAGCUACCAGCGCUUUUAAAAAGAGAAUUGUUGAUGCACAAUCUUUUCUCUGUCAAUCUGAAAUAAUUAUAAUUCGUGAUGUUGAUUUACUGAGAUGAUUUGAUAAUUCUAAUCUAGAAUUAAAGAAUUCGAAUAAUUUGAUUUUAAAUUUUUUGUAAUGGUAACAAAUUGUUGUAAGCGUCUUUUUUUUAAAGAUUCUUUGUGGUGUUUGUCAAACUUUUAUAUCUUGAUGUACUUUAAAUUUAUAUUACCUCAGUACAAUAAACG